AUGGUGGAAAUGAUUGGAUUUGGUGUUGUGGGUUUGGGCAUAAACAAUCGGGGGUUGUGGGUUUUGCGGCGCAUUACCUUUGAGGAACUGGCCACUGUAAUCAAAUCUCUUGACCAUGGCACCACAGAAGAAGAGUUACGUCAUAUGAUCAGAGAGGUUGAUGUCGAUGGUAAUGGAACCAUAGAAUUUGGGGAGUUCUGGAAUCUAAUGGCAAGGAAAAUUAAGGAAAAUGAUGCUGAUGAUGAACUGAAAGAGGCUUUCAAAGUAUUCGACAAGGAUCAAGAUGGUUACAUUUCACCUAAUGAGUUGAGGCAUGUAAUGAUUAAUUUAGGGGAGCAGCUGACAGAUAAAGAGUUAGAGCUGAUGAUUCAAGUAGCUAACUUGGAUGGAGAUGGUCAGGUUAAUUAUGAGGAAUUUAUGAGAAUGAUGCUAGCAAUUUGA